AUGGAAGGUUUGCAGACUUCGCAACUACAACAACAGCAAAUGCAGAUGGAAUUCCGCACAAAAUUAGAAGAGAACAGCAAUAGAGUGGAGAACUUAGUAGCUGAAAUAAAGCAAGAGCUCAGCGCCUUCAUGAGAACAGUGAUAAGCAAGAAAAGAGCUGUUCCAGAUGGUGACAGGCAGAGAGUGGAACAAGCACCACUCUUACCAACUCCUCCAUUGAAUCAGAGACUACAGAUUGGAUCAAAAAAUAGCAGAACAACAAGGAAAGAAACAAGUAAGAUUCUGAUACCAAAUCCUCCUAAAAUUGAUUUACCUAUGUUUGCUGGUGAGAAUUUGAUGGAGUGGAUCCGAAAAUACAAUAAGUACUGCCUAAAUUACCAGAUUCCUGAAGAUCAAAAAGUAGAAGUUAUAGAAAUGUAUCUAGAAAGAAAGGCGGAUAACUGGUUACAGGGGAUUAAAUUGGAAAAACCAAGAAUGACUUGGAAAAUAUUUGCAGAAUUGCUGUAUAAAAGAUUUGAUAAUAGAAAUGGAAGGGAUGUAGUGGAGAAAUUCAACAAAUUGAGAAAGUCUGGCAAGGUGGAAGAGUACCAAGAAAAGUUUGAAGAGUUUAAAACUCUGAUGAUCGUUAAGAAUCCGCAUCUGGAUGAGGAGUAUUUUGUAUGCUUCAUCAGUGGGCUUAAGGAUGAAGUCAAAAUUAUGAUAAAAAUGUUAAAACCUACAACUCUGUCAGAAGCAUUUGAUUUAGCUGCACUACAAGAAAAGGCAUUGAGACUUCAGAGAAGGACCUUCAAGAAGAGAGGGAAAGCUGCACCUGAGGAUAGAUUUGGAAUCUCUAGGAACUCAUCCCAACACUAG